UUUGUAAAUCCUAAUAGUGUAAGAGAUUCUUUGUAGCGACAAUCAAAGCCAAGAAUUCUUUGUUUACUUCGUCUUGUACCUCUCAGCAGGUUUCUGCCGUGGGUGACAGGGGAACAAGCAAUCACUCAGAAGUGACUGACUUCAUUCUUGUAGGCUUCAGGGUCCUCCCGGAGCUGCACAUUCUCCUCUGCCUGUUAUUUCUGCUUGUGUAUGCCUUGGUUCUUCUAGGCAAUGUUGGGAUGAUCGCCAUUAUAAUGACUGAUCCCCGGCUGAACACACCAAUGUAUUUCUUCCUAGGCAACCUCUCUUUCAUUGAUCUGUUCUAUUCGUCUGUUAUUGCACCCAAGGCUCUGAUCAACUUCUGGUCUGAGAGCAAGUCCAUCUCCUUUGCAGGCUGUGUGACCCAGCUCUUCCUCUUUGCCCUCUUCAUUGUGACUGAGGGAUUUCUCCUGGCAGCCAUGGCUUAUGAUCGCUUCAUCGCCAUCUGCAACCCACUCCUCUACUCUGUCCAGAUGUCAACACGUCUCUGCUCUCAGUUGGUGGCUGGUUCCUAUUUCUGUGGCUGCAUCACUGCAGUUCUUCAGACCAGCAUGACAUUUACUUUACCCUUUUGUGCUUCUCGGACCAUUGACCACUUUUACUGUGAUACUCGCCCACUUCAGAGACUAUCUUGUUCUGACCAUUUUAUCAAUAAAAUUGUUUCUUUUUCCUUAUCCAGCAUCAUUAUCUUGCCUACCAUCAUAGUUAUUAUUGUUUCUUACUUGUAUAUUGUGUCUACCGUGCUAAAGAUUCACUCCACUGGGGGACGUAAGAAAGCCUUCUCCACGUGCAGCUCUCACCUAGGAGUCGUGAGUGUGCUGUAUGGUGCUGUCUUUUUUAUGUAUCUCACUCCUGACAGAUUUCCUGAGCUGAGUAAAGUGGCCUCCUUAUGUUACACGUUAGUCACUCCCAUGUUGAAUCCUUUGAUUUACUCUCUGAGAAACAAAGAUGUCAAAGAAGCUUUAAAGAAACUUCUAGAAAAGAAAAAUAAAAUUCGUUGAUUACUAUUUUUCUUC